GCAUCGUUGGUUUUCCCGCGCCAUGGCCGCCUUCUCUGUCCACGAUAUGCCAAUGGAUGCCACUGAAGCGCAAAGGUACUGGACGCCCUACAUCGAUACAUCACAAUCCAACGGGGCCACGCAUCCUCACGUCGCACAUCCAUAUCAAGGUGGUUCACAGGAAGCUCCCAUGGGAUUCUCCAUGGGGAUUCGAGACGACUCGACAAAGAAAAAAGUCGCUCUGAGACAUCGCAUGACACGAAAAGCCAUCUCAAAGAAGUUCCCCGCCAAUGCACAACAAGGCCCGUGGACUAGUGCCCCAAACUCUGCAACGUCAUUCAAUGUCCAGACAUCUAGCUACGCCACCAACACGACAGCAGGUGACUCACGCAGGAGAGACGAUCCACCACCACCACCACCUUCAUCGUCAACCCAUGUUCCUCAGACAUCACCGCCACCGUCGUUCGUGCCAUUCACAGUUCCCAUGAGCACACCAGCAGCGUUCCCUCGUUCUUCUCCAGCGUUUGAGCCCACCACUUUCCCUCACGAGCCGCCGCCGACAUCAUCGUCCAGUUUUCAGUUUCACAUGGGCGUGCCCCCCGCGGUCGCAUCCAAUGGCCGCCGCAAACGACACUACGAAAUCCGACGCCGGCUUCGGAAGGAGCGACCUCCUCCUUGUACGAAUCAAGAAAUCCCCUCAUCAACAACUCCUUCAACGACCCCCGGCGAGUCUUUUGCAUUUGACAUUCCUCUGCCUCCCUCCCCGAAACAAGACCACAACGACAUGCGUGUCGACGACGAUUUGAGGCAUGGCUUCAACGAAAUUCACAUUGUCGACCCUCCAAUUGCUGAACGACCAGAGCCGACUGACCCCGCCGCUCAAUCGACGCCCACCCUGGUCUUAACCCCAACCGAGUUGGCGCGGCGCUUCUGCGUCCAACACACGACCCACCCCCCGCCGCCAUCGCCCGGCCUCUGCGCCUCUCGUUGUUGGGAAUGCAAUGCUGAGUUUGUGUCCGCGUACAACCACCUAACGUACUGCUCGACGUGCUCUAAAAGUCACAACAUGUGUGCGGUCCGUGCUUGCAACCUCCCACUGGCAUCCGUUCGACGUGUGGCGAAGGCCGCGCCUUCGUCCGGACGACGGCCAAGUCAGCGACCAGCGGCAGCCACCCCGCCCCCACCGCCUCCCCCAACUCCCCCAGAGUGGUUACGAUUCAAGGAGCAAGGGGGGAAGGCCUACACCGGCGGUGACUUCGCCUCGUCCAUCGAGCUGUACUCGGCUGCACUUGAUGCACUGGAAAACGAGGUUCAAAGGUCGCCGCCUCGACCAGAACUGCAGGCGGAAAAAGCCAAACUGCUGUCGAAUCGCGCGGCGGCGCUGGAGAUGGUGGACAAGGUCCAAGAAGCGCUGCACGAUAGCAUCGCGUCCGUCCAACUCGACCGCACAUACCUUCGGGCGCAUUUACGUGUGGCCAAAUGCUGGCUUCUAUUGGGUAAGACCAAAGACGCCAGGGAGGCGUACCGGCACGUGGACGUGAUGCUGCGCGACCUAGACCCAUCCCGCCAUCAUCCGCAGCUGGAGAAAUACCAAGCGCAGUGGCACGAAGGGCACGUCGCCGUCCGGUCGCUCGAGUCGCUCGUUCGGCAAUUCAACCGAUACACAAUUGCCAACGACACCGAGGCGGCCCUUCGCGCAACGGAGGCCGCGAUGGUGAUCGCCAUGGCCAGUCGGGAGCUCCGUGUGCAGAAAGUCACGUUGCUCUUGACCUUGUGUGAAUUCGCCAAGGUGGAGGAGUACUGUACAGGGCUGGUUCGAAAUGGCGCGUCGGGUGGGGUAACGUCACUCGGCAUUGAAAUGGCCGUGCUGUAUUGUCGAGCGUUGCACUACGACGACAAGUCGGAGAAAGCUCUCGAAGAGUUGCACCAACUGCUUCGAGCCGCGCCGACCAGUGUCGACGUCUUGAGCGUGAAACGUCUGUGGGAGUUGAUGGCAGAUGUGCGUCUGGCUGCCAACGACGCGUUCAAGCGUGGCGACUACAGCAGAGCCGAGUUGCUCUACACCAAGGCGCUGUCGUUAGACGAGAACCACCGCAGGUACAAUGCGUCGAUCCUUGGCAACCGAGCUGCGGCGUACAUGGCACUCAAUCAGUACGACAAGGCCGUCCAAGACUGCAACGCAGCCUUACAAUACCACCCCGUGUACUUCAAGGUCCUCCUUCGACGGGCGAGGUGCUACUACACCCAGAAUCAUUACAAGGAAAGCGUGGCAGAUUUUGACGAGUACAUGGCCAAAGCCAAGAUGGCCCCCGACGACCUGCGACACGUUCGUAGAGAGCGCGACCAAGUCCAGAAGGACUGGGACAGAUCCAAGUAUCAUCGUCGGAAUGGCUGGGACGACGACUUUUAUUAUUCGUCGCACCAACGAAGACCCAAGGCACGGCACAGGAGCAAGGCACACAAGUAUGCAGGGGACCCCUAUGAACAAGCCCCGCCAAGGCCGCCCUAUGUCCCGCCACUAACUCAUUACCAAGUGCUACGAGUGCCCAGCACUGCGACCCAGGCGGAGAUCAAAAAGUCGUACCGGAAGCUAGCCCUUCUGUACCAUCCAGGUGCUUGGGUUUCUUAUGACGUGUUCUAACUCGGAUAUGUAGACAAAGCCAAAACCACACAAGACGGAGAACUGUUCAAGGACAUGUCGGCCGCCUACGCAGUUCUGUCUGACGAGCAGCUCAAAGCCACGUACGACAAGGAGCUGCGAUACAGUGGCCAUUAUUAAUAGUAUUGUACUGUCGUACUCCAUCUGCUCCCUUUAUCUGGAGCGAAUCAGACUUCAGGCGUCAUGUACUCCUCUAAAAAAUACCAAAUCCUUGAAACACA